AUGGAGGAAGAAGGUAUGUUGGAGGUCAAAGAAACAGCUGCAGGUCAGUCAUGGUGGGUAACCAUAAUUGCUGAGAUAAUGCUGCAGCUUGCUUGUUCUAAUAGGACGAGGUGUUUGUUUUUGCUUGGCACUGAAGAUCCGAGUGUAAAGGUAAUCUUUGUAAAAGGUGGACGUGAUGGAGGUGACGUGGCAGUAAAAACAUCGGAAGCAUCAUGUUUUUAUUGGAAUAUCAUUCCGAGUUGCGGAAUAUUUGCUGUUGAUUGGUCAUCAAACGGUGGAGUUGUGGGCGAAAAAGAAGAUAAAACACCGACAGAAGGAAGUGAAUCUCAUGGCGUUUGUGGUAAUUGUGGUUCAAAGAUUUCAAUGAUGAGGCGAAAUGGCAUUGAGGGAGAAGGGCAUAAGAAAAAGACAUAA